CGAAACACUGCGGACCGUGCUGCCCUGACUAGCACAGCGCCAUUUCACCGGGGGCCUGCCGUGCAAAGGAGCGCCCAAGAGCCCUUCACCACCACCCAAUCUUCAACACCGCCCUCCUCUUCCGCUGUGCAACUGGUCCACCCAGCUUCUCUUGUCGCUCGUUACUUCGCUGCCCUACCUUCUCUUCGCCCGUUGUUACGCGGCACUCUUCCGGCUGCCGCCUUCCAUUCGUCUGGCCUCGACCCGCUCAAGCGCCGCCCUCCUUUGUCCCAUCACCGUCGUCGCCUGAGUCGCACCGCCGCUCUUGCGCGGUACACGUUCAUUUUCUUCUUCACCGUACCGCCUGCUAGUCUGUCGCCGCAGCACCCAGGCUUCUGUCCACCACCUGGACAUCCUCCCCUCCUAAUACACCACCGUCGAUCCUCCCUGCCCGCGACACGCCGCCGCCAUGGCGCUCAAUCGCGAGAACGUCGAGUAUACCCUCCGUACCAUCUUCCGGCGCUGCGUCCAGUGUCCUACCGACCAGUCGCCCUCAUGUCCCGACUGCCCCAGCGGCCAGAUAUGCGCCCAAACCCCAUACAGCUGCGGAGCCUGCGCGUCAACCACCUGCAUCCAGCAGACCGUCGAUCCUACAAACACCCCUCCCCAGAAGUCGAGCGGCCCGAACGUCGGUGCCAUUGCAGGAGGUGUCGUCGGAGGACUCGCAUUUCUCGCCAUCAUUCUCUUUAUUGUCUGGAAGUUCUGCCUCAAGGGCCGGCGACAGAAGAACCAGGAAGGGCAGUGGCAGGAGGUUGACGUUCCGGCUGAGAAGAACGACCAGAACGACUUUGCUUCACGACGAUCGGCACGGGCAUCGACACACACGGUGGCCUCCAUGGCCUCUUCCGUCCUCACUCGAGCCUCGAACAUCAUCCAGAUCGCCUACAUUCCCGGAGUCACUAAUCGCUCAGGCCCCGGAUCUCCGGAUCUUCUCGUCCCUCCCGUUCCUCCGAUCCCUUCCGCCACAUCUCCUUCAACCGCUCUCAGCAGUCCGUACUCGAUGGAAGACCAGCAUUUCUUCCUUCCAGGCGAGCUGCGCGACUCUACGUACUCAGGGUUGACCGAUGGACGCAGUAGCUAUGCUCGCACGAGCAUUACACCCAGUCUCCAGCGCUCCAGUGUUGCUACCACAAUCUACCGGAACAAUGCCAUCGUAUCUCCUCUCCCCGCGCAGACCAUAGUUCGUGGAAAGGCAGCAGUUGUCAGUGUCAAGUCGAGCGGAUCUGGCAGCCCAUCGGAAACGCCCGGCUAUGAGACUCCUCCAGUGCCCCAAAUUGAGCAGAAGCACCUGGCCGCUCCUGUGCGAUUUCAGAUGCCAGGCAUGGGCAGCUCGUCCUCGGUCAGUCCAUCAGGCUCCAUCCGGAGUAUGGGGACGAUAGCCAAGCCCACUGCUCUCAACAUCACCAGGAAGGCUAAGCCAGCGCUGGUGACCACGCCAAGUUCCUCCUCCACAUCUUCGGACUCCCGAAGCGCGACAACAGUGAGACCACCAACCGCUGUAUCUGUAGCAGAAUCAGAGUCCACCGUUGGCCACUCCCGCGCUCGCCAAUCUGGAAGCCUAGACUCCGAAACGGAAUCCGACUCUGACGACCACUCACGUGCUCGCCGAAGCCUCCUCCGAGAGGGAUCCAACCCGCGCGAUUCAGAAAUCACCGUGAUCCAGGACACACCCGGGAUAAAUCAAGGUCCCUUUGCCGACUCUGCGAGCCCCGACCCACCUCAGCGACAGUUCUCCCGCUCAAGCAUCUUGAGUCCCAGCGGCCUCGAGACUAUCACCGAGGACCACUCCUCCAAACGCACAAGCAAGACGUCCCACCGAACCCAGAGCCCAUUCUCAGACGACAACGAGAUCGGACGAUGACCAUCUCUUCUUUCCAGCUGAACUACGGAAUCGGUUUACAGGGUACAGGCUACGGGCGUUGAACAGGAAUUUUUGCGAGCAUGAAACUCUACGGAGAUGCCGCCACGGGAUUUUCCCCCCUUUUUUUGGUGAACAUCAUUGUCUUUUGUUUUUGGAGACCUUUUUGAUAAACUGUGUUUUUACUUCUCUUCUACUACCAAACUUUUUUCCUAAACUUAAGGUUUAUUCAGAGCGUGUUGACAGCUCGCGGG